AUGGCCACCAGUCCCAGCACCACCCAGCCGUCCAGCAGCAUGGAGGAGCCGCAGCAGCCAGACCAGCCAAUCAGCACGCAGCCCGAUGGAGAAGCCGACCAUGCCGCCGUGACUUCUCAACCGGCCGGCGCCAAUCAACAAGUCCCACCUCCGACAACGGACGCUCCUGAACAAGCAGAGGACGGCCAAUCCAUGGAUCAACUGACAGUGAUGAGUGACAACACAGAGACCAGUAACGGGAUUGGUCCAGUGAUGGUCGAAUCUCCCACAGUGUCCUCUGUGUCGCCCAAACUGCAGUACGCUAAGCCGGGCGGCCAUCUUAACGGUCGGCCUGGUUUGGGCAGCCGGUCUGGCUCGUUGGCGUUGAGCUCACCCAGGCCGUCUCUCACCCGCCGGCCCAGUGCCAUGACAGAGGGCGCUUUGGACGGAUCCAAGCCCAGGGAUUACCUGUUCCUGGCCAUCCUGUCCUGCUUCUGCCCACUUUGGCCCAUCAACAUCGUAGCCCUCACCUUCUCCGUGAUGUCCAGAAACAGUCUGCAGGAAGGCAACAUCGACGGUGCUCGCCGUUUGGGCCGCAACGCUAUGGUGCUGUCCGUCGUCUCCAUUUUGGGAGGGAUUGUUAUAAUCACUGCAGCCAUCGUCCUCAACUGGGGAUAUCUACAGUAUUUCUGGCUACGAGGCUCUGGCAUUGGCUUGUGUAAAAUCGUCUGGAUGUUUGUGUUGAGGGAACAUCCUGGGCCAUGA